CGGCGGCGGCGGGCGCGGGGCGAUGGGGGCGCGGCGGCGGCCGGCGCUCUGACAGCCCCCGGCGCUCCUUCAGCGGCGGGCAGAGCGGCUCCCGGCGGCGGCGGCCGCCCCCCUCCUCGGCGCGGACCAUGUUCGCCAAAGGGAAGGGCUCGGCGGUGCCCUCGGACGGGCAGGCGCGGGAGAAGCUGGCGCUGUACGUCUACGAGUACCUGCUGCACGUCGGCGCCCAGAAGUCGGCGCAGACCUUCCUGUCCGAGAUCCGGUGGGAGAAGAACAUCACGCUGGGCGAGCCCCCCGGCUUCCUGCACUCCUGGUGGUGCGUGUUUUGGGACCUUUACUGCGCAGCUCCCGAAAGGCGAGACACUUGUGAACAUUCGAGUGAAGCGAAAGCCUUUCAUGACUACAGCGCAGCUGCCGCCCCGAGUCCCGUGCUUGGAAACAUUCCCCCGAACGACGGGAUGCCUGGGGGCCCCAUCCCGCCCGGUUUCUUCCAGCAGGGACCGCCUGGGUCACAGCCCUCGCCACACGCACAGCCUCCACCCCACAAUCCUAACAGCAUGAUGGGACCCCACAGUCAGCCGUUCAUGUCACCGCGCUACGCCGGAGGUCCCCGGCCCCCCAUCAGGAUGGGCAACCAGCCCCCCGGCGCCGUUCCCGGUACACAGCCGUUGCUGCCCAAUUCAAUGGAUCCCACGCGACAGCAAGGGCACCCUAACAUGGGCGGCCCCAUGCAAAGGAUGAAUCCUCCGCGAGGGAUGGGCCCCAUGGGUCCCGGUCCGCAGUCUGACCCUUGGUUAUCGUUGCAGAACUACAGCAGCGGCAUGAGACCUCCACCCAACUCCCUAGGUCCCGGCAUGCCUGGAAUUAACAUGGGGCCGGGAGCCGGCAGACCAUGGCCGAACCCCAGCAGUGCGAACUCAAUCCCAUACUCUUCUUCAUCGCCUGGUACAUACGUGGGUCCGCCCGGCGGUGGCGGUCCUCCGGGGACACCCAUCAUGCCCAGUCCCGCAGAUUCAACAAAUUCAAGUGACAACAUCUACACAAUGAUUAAUCCAGUACCGCCUGCAGGCAGUCGAUCGAAUUUCCCGAUGGGCCCCGGCUCUGAUGGCCCCAUGGGCGGCAUGGGCGGCAUGGAGCCCCAUCACAUGAACGGAUCGUUAGGGUCAGGAGACAUAGAUGGACUUCCAAAAAAUUCUCCAAACAACAUAAGUGGCAUUAGCAAUCCCCCGGGCACUCCAAGAGACGACGGGGAGCUGGGAGGCAACUUUCUCCAUUCCUUCCAAAACGACAAUUAUUCCCCCAGCAUGACGAUGAGUGUGUGAUUUCCCUCCCCCUCCUCCUCUCCAGGAUCAAGAGAGUCAGCUGCCGUUCGGAGGAUCUCAACGAAUUAUGCAAGAAGAAGAAGAAGAAGAAGCUAGGUGU